UUCAGGUGAAGCACCAUAACACUUCCGCGUGUGUUCGGUGUGUCGCUGUUUAACUGUAGAGGUUUUUAAAGAUUUCUUUAUACUUUGGGAAAAAAUAAACAUGUCGAUGGACGGAGGGAGUCGGGCAGAGACUCCGGACUGGAUCACACAGCACCCGGUGUACAGAGAGCUGCUGAAUCUGGGCGUAGACGACGAUGCGCAGGUGUACGGAGCGUUCCUGGUUUAUCUCGACCUGACAGAAGUUCGGCGCUGGACGGGCGUGGUCGCGGUGUCGUGUCCUGAGCUCCGGGCUGUUCUGCUGGAAGGUCGUGAAAAAGAAGGCGAGGGGGUUCAGGUGGUGUAUCCACUUCCUGCUCACAGAAGCGUCAGUCACAGAGAUCUGAGGUGCAUCGUGGGUCGCGGAACUCCAACGCUGCUUUGUGCCGUAGCAUCGGACUCCACACUGGUGUACCAGCGCCUGAGUGAUGGCCUGGUGACCCCUGACCCCCCUGUGGACAUCAAAGACCUGGGACGCAGACAGCACCGUAAACGCAGACUACAGACGUGAAGUGGAGAAAAAGAGACAGAUAAUAAAUAAACAUGCUGGUGUAGAGGUUAUGAAAGCACCACCCUGGACGCUCUGCUGCCUGCCAACGUCUGAAUAAACCUGCUGGAUUAUAGAAGAACUGCAGUAUUUUACCACCUCAAAUGCAAAUGCCUUCCCGGGACGUCUCAUCUCCAAGAAGAAGAAAAAAAAAAAGAAGAAGAAAAAAGCGGAAUAUUCGGCUACACGCGCAAGAGACGUAAAGUCUAUGCGUCUCCGCAGACGUCACAUGUCCUCCUUUUAAAAAAAAUAAUAAUAAUAACAAUAAGUCCAGGACAGUGUUAUGUUCAUGGCUCUCUCUCUAAAAAAA